AGGCAGUCAAUUUCACCGUUCAGACAAACGUAGCGCAGUCAAUGUCAAGAGUGACGGUCUACUUUGUUCACUGCCAGAGUGACAUUUAAUCAAUGUGCACUCUGAAAUUUGUUGCAUUUUACCACACUGCGUAAAACGCACAAGAUGGACUGAUGCCUAAACAGGCACGUAUGCAUUUGCUGUGUGCUGGCACUCCUGCUUCAGAUUAAAUGUGAUGCUUCUAGGUACUUUGACGCAUAACUGCCGGACGGUUUACAGUCUGAUGGUAGAAUAGAGAGCAAUUCUGAACUGGUGCUAGAACAAACCUAUUGAAGUGACUAUGGGCGACUUCAAUGACACCACUCCUUCCUUGCCACUGGAUGAUCACAUCGAGACAGAAAUCCCAGCACUGGUUGCCAUGACAGUGUACCUGCUCUUCUUAGCAAUCACAGGACUUGCAGGCAACCUCCUUGUCAUCAUCUCCGUUGCGAUCUCGCCCCGGCUCCGGACCACCUCCUUUGCCUUCGUCUUCAAUCUCAGUGUCGCCGACCUCAUGGUGAACGUUCUCGUCAUCCCACUCAUCAUCAAAUCGUUCUUUGACUAUGGAUGGCCCCACAACCCUUUGGGCUGCCGUCUGGUCUUUUACAUCCUCGCAUUCGCAGUCGGGAAUUCCCUCAUCACUUUAACUGCCAUCGCUGCAAGCCGGUACUGCUUUGUGUCGCGCCCUCGAAGGACCUACAACAUCUUCUGUGGCUGGAAGGCCGUCAUCUUGAUCCUGAUUUACAACUAUCUGAGCGGAGUCACGUUCAUCCUGAUCACGGAGCUGGCCAACAUCUGCACCAUCCGCUACCUCCCGGACAUCCGAUUCUGCUACCUGGACAACGAUCUGGCCACGUUCUGGUACAUCAAUGGAAUCCUCUUCUAUGGCGCCCUCACCUGUUUCCUCCUCAUCCCGCUCCUGUACUGCCAGACAUUUCGCACGGUGCGGCAGAGCAAGCAUCGGGUCUGGGCAGCCCGCGUCGCUCAGCAGCCCACGGUGGCUCUCUAUGGAGGCCGGCCGCCCGUGGUGCACCCAGCAGAGAUCCGACUGACCAAGAUGAUGCUUCUCAUCUUCAUCCUCCUCCUCAUCUGCUGGACGCCCAUCUCUGUCCUUCACUUCUUCAAGCACCGGUUCAGCAUCCCCAAAUCCAUCCAUCGACUUUGCAUCAUGCUUGUCCUGACCAACUCAUCCAUCAACCCGUAUGUCUACGCCUGGUUCAACAAGAACUUCCUGCAUGCUUACAAGCGUAUCCUGCACUUGGAUCAGUGCACAAGAAGCCAUAGUCAGUGA